AUGCUUCCGCUAUACCUCUUGACAAAUGCCAAGGGCCAGAAAAUGGUCAUAGAGCUAAAAAAUGGUGAGACAAUCGUUGGGCAACUGACAAACGUCGAUAAUUGGAUGAACCUAACGUUAUCCAAUGUAACUCACACAUCGGCCGACGAUUCAAUAAAGCUACCCGAGAUUUACGUGAGGGGUAAUUUCAUCAAGUACAUUAAGCUUCAAGAUGAUGUAAUUGACAAAGUUAAGCAGUCCAACGCUCAACAACAGUCGCAAAGCAGUCAUCAAAAUAAAGACUUUAGACGCAGACAAGGCGGAAGAAGGGAUGGCGAAAAACGUUUCGUCCCUGGAAACAACUCCAAGCGUGGCGAGGGUCGGGAGUUCUAUAACAACAAUAACGGCGGAAAUCGCCGUUUCAACAAUCAAAAUAAUGGGAGAUAUGCAGAACAUGGCGCCAAUAGCAACAGUGGCAGCGGUAAUAAUGCAAUGGGCGGUUUUGUUCGGCACCACCAAACUUCUCAGCAAUCAUCGUCUUUAGGAGGACAAGCUAUAUAA